AUGGGGGGCAUAAUUAGUCUGAAUACGCCGUCGACUGAAUCAUACGCAGCAUCCGGCCAGUCCGAGGAGAGUGGCAUCCACAUAGACACGGCUCGCUUUGCCUUCACUCCCCGGAAGCUGCGCGUGGUCUGCAUUGGGGCCGGUUUCUCUGGUCUCAAUCUGGCCUACAAGCUGAAGCAUGAGAGACCUCUGGAUUUCGUGGAUUUUCAGAUCUACGAGAAGAACCCAGAAGUAGGGGGGGCAUGGUGGGAGAACGUGUACCCUGGAGUAGGCUGUGACAUUCCCGUUCACAGCUACCAAUUUCCCUUCGAGCCCAGCCCCGACUGGUCGAAAUUCUACGUUGGGGGCAAAGAGAUCGAGGACUACAUACUGCGAACCACGGAGAAAUACGGGCUGAAGGAGAAGGUCACAUUAAACACAAAACUCGUCCGAGCGAUCUGGAACGAGGAACAGGCGAAAUGGAAGCUUCAGCUGGAACGGGGCGAGUUCUUGAUCGAUGACGAGGCGGACAUUCUGAUUGACGGGAGUGGAAUCGUGAACAACUGGAAAUGGCCAGAUAUCGAGGGACGCGGCCAAUUCAAAGGGAAGAUGAUGCAUAGUGCGAUGUGGGACACCGACUACGAGUGGGAAGGCAAGAGGAUAGCAGUCAUUGGCAACGGCUCAUCAGGGCUUCAGCUCGUCCCAUCCCUUCAGCGCAAAGCGGCAAAGGUAGUCAACUACGCUCGUCAUGCCACUUGGGUGUCGACGGCCUUGUGUGGCAAUUUGACCAAAGAUGGUAGAGGCACGAAUUUUGCGUUCACGGAAGCGGAGAAAGAAGAAUUUCGCACAAACCCGGAAAAGUUCCUCGAGUAUCGAAAGAUCGUCGAGACAUCUGUCAACAGUGUAUACCGGUUGAUGAUUUCGGGAUCCGCAGAAAACAAAAUGAUCUUCGAUUUGGUUGACGCAGUGAUGCGAGAGAAGCUAAAAGGCAGCCCCGAGCUGAUCGAGAAGCUCAUUCCCAAGUAUGAGAUCGGGUGUCGCCGUCUGAGCCCCGGUAAUGGAUAUCUUGAGGCAGUCCAGGCCGACAAUGUGCGAGUCAUGUUUAGUCCUAUUAGGAGAUUCACUCCAACCGGAAUUGAGAGCGAGGAGGGCGAGGAAGAGUUUGACCUGAUUGUCUGCGCCACCGGAUUUGACACGAGCUUUGUGCCAUGCUGGGAUCUAGUCGGUCGUGACGGCCGGCGCUUGGCAGACGAGUGGAAAGACACACCAGCUGCUUAUUUUUCCGUUUGCGCCGGCGGCGUUCCGAAUUAUUUCAUGUUUGCCGGUCCUAAUUGUCCGAUCGGCCAUGGCUCCGUUCCUCAGAUGCUGGCAUGGACCGGAGAUUACAUGCUGAACUGGAUUGAGAAGAUGGCCAUGGAAGACAUCAGAUCCAUUAUGGUCAAAGACUCCAUCGUCCGCGAAUACAAUGCCUAUGCGCAGGAAAGCCUGAAGCGGUGCGUGUGGUCCAAGGGCUGCCAUGCGUGGUACAGCAAGAAGAAUGUAGAAGGGCCCAACACGGUAACCGCGAUGUACCCGGGCAGCGUCCUGCACUUCAAAGAGUAUAUGAAAACCAUCCGGGGAGAGCACUUCGACAUCCGGUAUAACAACUCGAACCAAUUCCUGUACCUGGCCAACGGGGAGCUGGCCUUGGAGCGCGAGGAAGGAGGCGAUAUGGCGUAUUACCUGACCUGA